UGUAAAGCACAUUUCACAGCUGUUUCAUAUUGAAAAGGGUUCAAUGACAGUUACUCCGCUUUACAUGAGCGCAAACACUGAUGUGCGGCAAAUCGAUGGAAUACAGAAAUUUGUUCGUGUAAUUCAUGGAAGCAGCGCCGGCUCUCGUAAAGCGUGACAAGGAAGGUGAUAAUGGCGAUAAGCAAGCUAAUAGCGCUACUUAAGCCACUGUUGAGGCGCACAAAACUGGUUGUGAUUUACAAAAAAUACUAAAAUUACUUCGGCAUGCCAGCAUUUCCAUUCAGCUUGCAGUCUCAUUUAGUCUAAAUAAACAAAUUUAUGUAUGUGUAUGUGUGUUUCACUAAACGCUAUCACCAUUUACUUAAUUUAGAUUUAUUUUUUUUCGUAAUUUUAGUUAUAAUAUGUACUUUAUUGUGUAUUUAAUAAAGUUGUUUUAAUUUGCUUCGUAUUUAAAAAUAUCUGUGUUAUCAGCAAGAAGACGAAGUGAAAUGAUUCUUCUCAGUUGUGGCGAUCAGUCAACAACAGCGCCACACUGUGGCAAAAGUUAACUGAUAAGACGCCAGCGCAAUAAAUACGUUUCAUAUUUCAACUGUCUUAGACAAAAUAUUUACUUACAUAAAAAUAAAUCUUCAGUAGCAGUUUUAUAGCAUAAGGUGUCGCAGGCACUACUGUAUUAACUGUGUGAAACCGAGACCACGCCCAAACUAUUGUGAAAGUGCAUGAAGAGACAAGAAAUGACGCAGAAACUAAUUGUAAUCACCUUUAUUUGCCUGCUAAGUGCGGAGCACUACUUUUGCGCCCAAACAACACGCGAGCCGCGUAGCGUCGAGAGCGAUGAAACCGUAGUAACAGAAAGUCCAGUUGAGAACUUAGCUGAGAAUAACUUCAUUAGCAACGCCGCACGUGCACAAUUCGAACGCGAGGCCUUAAAUGAGACCAUAAUCUUUCUGAACACUUUAUUCCGCUCGCAAAUUGAUUAUUUCAGCAAGGUAAGGGAGUUUCUACCGGCCACAGUGAAGCGCGUAGCGGAUAUAAACAAGUAUAUUGAGCGCUUGCAGAAAGCUAUAUUGGCGGACUCUGUGCAGGAGAAGGACAAUAUGUGGCGUGACACUUUUGUUAAGUUCAGCGAAAGUGCUUUUCUUCUCAAUAAUGAAAAGGAUACUGGUGUUUCAAAUAUCCGUUAUCUGGAAAUACUUAACGAUGCUGGUCUGGAAGAGACGACUAAGAAAUUCUUAACCGAUGUGACAGUAUACUUUUGGAAAAUGGCCAAAGCUAGCGGAAAAGUAGUGGAAACAACAAUUGAUGAACAAAUAGAGAAAUGGAAAAAGGAAUUAAUUACAACAAAUCUGUAAAAAUGUAUGUGAUAGAAGUCUGAAACUAAUAACUUUGUUGAUCAAAGUACAAAAAACCAAAAAUAUAUUUUAGAAAUAUACAUUUAUAGUGUUAAACUAA